AAGAGAGAGUCGCAGUUCACCAAACACGCGGACAUUUGACGUCAACAUCUACAAAUCAUCGCGCCACAUGCGGUUAAAGACCCUUCCGUUUACCUACUAACGUUUGUUUUUUUCCCCAAACAUUAAAAAUCCAAGCUUUUUCCAGGAAAAUUUAUUUCUUUCCGGGAAAAUAUCUAGUCUUGUUUGAUCUUUUGAAGCUAGAACUCAAAUGACUAGACUUUUUACCCUGCUAUCCCUCAUCCUGUUCUGGAUCUCAUUUUGUUUCCAUCAAUCAUUAAUCUCGAACGCUGGUUCCUUCAGUUCUAUCAUCGAUCCCUCUAAAGUCAAACAGAUUUCAUGGAAACCGAGAGCUUUUGUAUACGAAGGGUUCCUUUCGGACUUGGAGUGCGACCACUUGAUUGCCUUGGCCAAAUCUGAGCUAAAGCGAUCCGCGGUGGCUGAUAAUGAGUCUGGAAAGAGCAAGCUUAGCGCUGUCCGUACCAGCUCUGGGAUGUUCAUUCCUAAGGCCAAGGAUGCUAUUGUUGCUGGUAUAGAGGAAAAGAUUGCAACAUGGACCUUUCUUCCUAAAGAAAAUGGAGAAGACAUACAAGUAUUGAGAUAUGAACACGGACAGAAAUAUGAACCCCACUACGAUUACUUCACUGACAAGGUCAACAUUGCCAGGGGUGGGCAUCGCUUAGCGACUGUACUCAUGUAUCUCAGUGAUGUGGGCAAAGGAGGGGAAACAGUGUUCCCAGUUGCAGAGGAACCUAUACGUCGAAAGGCUUCCACAACAAAUGAAGAUCUCUCUGAGUGUGCUAAGAAAGGAAUUGCAGUCAAACCACGAAGAGGAGAUGCCCUUCUUUUCUUCAGUCUCCACCCAACUGCUGUUCCAGACCCAAACAGUCUCCAUGCUGGAUGUCCAGUGAUUGAAGGUGAGAAAUGGUCUGCAACAAAGUGGAUUCAUGUAGACUCAUUUGACAAGGACUUGGGAGCCGGCGGAAACUGUACAGACAUGAAUGCAAGUUGUCAAAGGUGGGCUGACCUUGGAGAAUGCGAAAAGAAUCCGGAAUAUAUGGUUGGAACUCCAGAGCUUCCAGGCUAUUGUAGAAGGAGUUGUAAGAUGUGUUGAAAUUUUUGUCUCCUCUUUCCACUUGGAGCAUCCGUUGUAAACUUUCUUGGAUCUCUAUUUUUUAGGUUCUUUAGGUAAAUUCUUCUUGUAUGUUUUUGUGGCGAGUAUUUUUACAGACAUCCGAGUUAAAAAGCCUUUUGGCCUUUCUCAUA